AACUCUUUUGACUUUAUCGAUCUCUUUGAAGGACGAAGAUGACUUCAGUUUCAAGACUCAAAUCAUCAUCAAGGCUUAUUACAAAAUUUAAACCAACUGUCCCAACAAAACUUAAAGGAGGGAAGCUUGAAAGAUUAGGAAAUUAUUUGUUCAACAUAUUCAAUGACUACAGAGUAGUAUUUAAUGAGACAUUACAAGAUAUAAAAAAUCGUCCAGUGAAGGCUUCAUUCUAUGGAUCGUUGUUAACUACAAGCAUUAUCAUGCUGAAAACUAAUCCGUCAGAACAAAAUUUUAAAUCAGAAAUUGUAGAAUGUUCAAAUUCUUUAUCCAGUGUUGGUGAGUUGAUACGUAACCCACAAUCAGACAAUCAUGUGACCACAUUGAUGACAGCAAUGAAAGAUAAUACAUUGAAAGUUCGAAAUUUGAAAUUUUUUACCUUAGUUUCGAUGAGAGAAUUUCCAGUUCAUUCCGGUUUGUUUGAAGCCAAUUGUACCUAUGCCAGACCACACUGGACAGAAUGGUACAAGUCAGUUGUUGAUGUUGGUAUAUUUGGAAGAUGGGUAUUUUUACAUAAAGCAAUGAAAGACUAUGAUGUUAACCCUGAUGAAUGGUUACCUGAUGGACAACCCAAAAUUAAAACUAAGAUGCUUCCUUAUGAUUGAUUUUAAUAAAAACAAAAAUUAUUUC